UUCUAAAGGUAACUUAUCAGUGUCUUAACAUCCCACAGAGUUGAAAUGAUCUCUGCAUUCCUUGUCAUCUGUGUCUUCUGGACUCAGUACUCUGUAGGUGACACAGGAGUGAUUCACAAGCCUGUUCAAACUACCACAACUGGAAAAAAUGUGACUUUGUUUUGUCAGUUGGCCAAAAGUCAUGACAUUGUUCAGGUCACCUGGCAAAAGGACCAGACCAACAUAGCAACUUACAGCAAGGCUUAUGGAGCUAAAGUGCUGAGCAACCAGAGUAAUAUCCAUCUUUCCCAGAGUAAUCUGACUUUUUCUGCCAUCACUUUCAAUGCGGUGACAUUCAAGGAUGAAGGCUAUUACAACUGCAUCUUCAAUACAUUUCCAUUAGGACCUAUUUCAGCCAAGACAUAUCUCAAAGUUUAUGCUCUUACAGAACCUGAAAUAAGUGUGAGGCAUGUUACUAAUCCAGAUAAUAUGGAGGAACUGAUAGAAAUAAAUUGCUCAGUAACAGGGACACCAACUCCAGUAAUUACCUGGAAGGUCAAGAAAACUCUUCAGAUCAAGCCAAAGUCAUAUGAAAUCCAGCACUCAAACAAGACAGUAACUGUUGUCAGCAAUUUUACUCAAGUCUUCUCCAAGACUAUUUCUGAAAACUCAAUAAUCUGUGUUAUUCAGCAUCCAUCUUUAAAUACUUCACAAGAGUUGACUUUACCUGAGAUUGUGAUUGAACAAGCCCAAAACAAAUACCAAAGAAUUGUCAUUGCUGUUAUCUAUAUACUGGUUUCCAUAUUUCUCCUGGGGCUAUUUAUUUUUUGCAUAUACUGGUGCAGGAGAUUAGCACUAGUAGCAAAAGAGCAAGAUCUUCCAUGCUGGAUCGUUCCAUUUUGUUCUGGAAGGACAUUAUGUGGAAAAAAGUGUUACACAAGGAAAAAGGCCUCACUUGCUGAAGGAAACCUUCUGGACACAUGAAACAUCUAUACAUAAAAAUUUUUUGUAUGACGAUUUCCUACAAAGACUCCUUAUUCUGGAUUUUUUUUUUAAA